UCAGUUUUCCAUUCUCGCUCGCGAAAAUCCGAGAAUCCAAUUGAAACUGAAGAAAAAUGGAGAAUGAAAAAUCUGUUUCAGGGACCGAUUCGGCUAGGCCAUGGCAAUCGUAUCACACUGCUUACACUAACGCUAAAGCAGUUUUGUGAAUUUGUAUUUUUACUAGGUAUGGAGAAGGUGGAUAAGGAGAAGGUACAGAGAGUAGUAUAUGAGAUGAGCAAAGGGUCUAAAUAUUUCGAAAAUGAGGAAAAGAAAGAGGCUUAUAUGAAGCAGAAAAUCGAGAAUAUGCGUGUGCAAUGUGCGAAGCUCGCUGUGGCAGAUUUAAAUCAUUUUCAGAAGAUUGCUGAUAAAAGGAUUGUGGAGCUAGAAGGUACACGUGAUCUAUCAAGGAUCUGGCUGCACGUGGAUAUGGAUGCUUUUUAUGCAGCAGUUGAAACACUGUGCAAUCCUUCACUAAAAGGAAAGCCAAUGGCUGUUGGUGGCAUGUCUAUGAUCUCCACAGCUAAUUAUGAGGCUAGAAAAUUUGGGGUCCGAGCUGCGAUGCCUGGAUUCAUAGCACUUAAAUUAUGUCCUGAAUUGAUUUUCGUCCCAACAGACUUCAAGAAGUACACUCAUUAUAGCGAUUUAACAAGGAAAGUGUUCAAGAAAUACGAUCCCAACUUUUUAGCUGCGAGUUUGGAUGAAGCAUACCUAGAUAUAACAAGUAUCUGCAAUGAAAGGAGCAUGACUGCUGGAGAUGUGGCUGAAGAGCUCAGAGAAAGUAUUCACAAGGAGACUGGGCUCACAUGCAGUGCUGGGGUUGCACCAAACCACAUGCUUGCUAAGGUUUGUUCAGAUAUCAAUAAACCUAACGGCCAAUUUGUUUUACCAAAUGAUCGGAUGGCUGUCAUGACAUUUAUAUCUUCACUUCCUAUAAGGAAGGUUGGUGGCAUUGGUAAGGUCACUGAACAUGUUCUAAAGGAUGUCUAUGAAAUUACAACAUGUGAGGGGAUGUUGCAAAAGAGUAGCUUCCUCUGUGGACUGUUUUCCCCUACCACAGCAGAUUUCUUCUUGUCUGUAGGUCUGGGACUUGGGAGGACAGAUACACCCCAAGCAACAUUGAGAAAAAGUAUAAGUAAUGAGAGAACGUUUUCAGCCACCAAAGAUAAGGCAUUACUUUAUAAGAAAUUAGUGGAUCUUGCAGAAAUGCUUUCCAAUGACAUGAAGAAAGAAGGUCUUUGUGGGAGAACAUUGACCCUAAAAUUGAAGACUUCAUCAUUUGAGGUUCGGACUCGAGCUGUGACUUUGCCAACUUACACAUGCUCAAGUGAGGAUAUACUAAAACAUUCUUCAAAACUGCUUAAAGCUGAACUUCCUGCAUCUGUGAGAUUGAUGGGAUUGCGAAUGUCUAAUUUCAAUGAAGGCCAAAAUGGUGGCUCCCUUGACCCUAAACAAAAGACACUCUCUGAGUUCAUGGUCACAGGAGAUGCUUCUGGAAGAGAGCUGGGGGAUCAAGCACCCUCCCACUUGAAUGAUAAUGAUGAUUCUCUAUCCGUUGAUAGAGAGACUAGUUUUUCUAUUGACACAUGGGAUUCCAUUGGUUUACAGGGUACCCAUGAAAUACCGUAUCUUCAUCACAGUGACUCCAUGCUAUGUCUCAAAAAGGAAGAAAUCAAAAGGAAUCUUGAUCUGCGGAUUGAUGAUUUGGAAAACAAUGUUGACUACCACAAUACAGUAGCGAAUGCAAUAAAUCCAUGUCCUAAUGGAGCUUCUCAACUAGUGGAGAGAGAUUCUUCUCCUGGGAAACUCGAGGAAAGCAACCAAGAUAGAGGUAAAAAUGCGAUCAACUCUGGAGAUGGUGAGGCGGGGUCUUCACUAAAUCCGAACAGGCCAUUGCUUUGGAUGAAUGAUUACAAGUGCUCAUUAUGUGGGGCCGAACUUCCUCCGAGCUUCCUCGAGGAACGACAAGAACAUUUCGAUUUCCAUCUUGCAGAAAGGUUGCAAGAGGAGGAAUCAAGUGGUGUUAACCAAAAUCCCAAGCUGGAACAGAGGCUUAAACACAAGAACCAUAUUAUGAGCCAAAUUGGGCAGAGGAAGAAGCACAAGACAUCUGCUUCACAGGAUAAAUAUAUUCCAAUUGACAUGUUCUUUGCUAAAACAAGUCAAAAUUUCUGAUGUUUUGUAAAUUGUAAUAGAAUAAUAUGUAUUGUGUAUAUCACUUGUAUAGGAUAAGAUUAUAAUUGUCCCAUUUGUAACAAUUCUAAGUUUUGCGUUGUAUGGUAAACUGAUUUAUAAAUGAUUUAUAGAUAUGCCAAACUGAAGUUUUUGGAAUUUCAAAA